AUGAUCAAUCACUCAUCGAAUAAUAAUAAUAACAACAAUAACAAUCAUAGCCGGCCUGCACUGAGACAAUCUAACUCAGACUCGGACUUUAAUUCAUCUCUCUCAUCGUGCUCCUCUGGAUGGAGUUCCGACAGCGACUCAUCGGCUUCUUCAGCUUCUGAUUUUGAUUCAGACUCGGAAACCAUUUGUCCACCACCAAUGUCGACUCCUCCAACUCCAGCCUUGAGUCCUCCUUCUCCUCCUUCUUCUCCUAACUCUCAAUCCUUUGCCGACAAGGUUAAAGAAAAUGCCCACGGGUUUCGCGACUCUGCUCUGCAAACAUUUGCAGCGCUGGCCAACGACGACCGCGAGGCGCUCAUCCUCAUGACUGCCCAUCUUGCAGAUCUCCCAACAAAAACCCCGUCAAAAGACUGGGCCGCUUAUGCCCGCACUCUGGCUCGCGCAUACGACGUGGCCAAGUUUGAGGACUACCGUGUGUUGACGCUGCGCACUCGUAGUGCUCUCUACUCUCUGACGCAUGCACCCUCCUCACACUCGACCUCGCCGGGCUACAUCCCUCCGCUGUCACCCGCCGCGGCCUACUGUGCCUCUGGCUUGCGCUCGUGGAUCUCGUCCGAACUGGUUCCGGCCCUGCAUCACACGCUGGUUCGCAUUGGUCCGCAGGCGGCCCAGACAAUUAUUUCACAGGCUUCUCUUGAUGCCAUUGCCCAGGAACACGCACUGCUGUCAUGCGCAUGGCUUCCUGAGUUUUCAGAUAAGUUGGUUGCGGCCGGGUGCCGUUGCGAUGCGUCUGUUUUUUGCGCCUUUACUAGCACACCAAGGUACAUGUUUCUUAUGGACCUGAAGCGUGUUGCAGCUGCCGUUUCUGCACAGAUUGAAGCGGCCGUGCCACACGACGUGGCUGCAGCCUUUAGACUGGAGCACUCGCAACAAGAAGAUGUGGUGAGCUUGGGUUCAUGGCUUGAGUUUUUGGAGCGUAGAGCUGCCAGUUUCUCAAAUAAUGAUGAUGCCCGUGCUUGCGCUGGUGCUUGUACUAAGGCUGGGCGACGCAACAGAGCUAGUCAUGCUGGCAUGACUGAGGAUCUUUCUACUACUUCUGGUGGCAACUUUACAAGUUCUACCAAACCUUUGCAUGCCACUUACCGACGUCGGCAGGUGGCCAUUUUGUAA